GUACCCUACUGCGCAAGCGCAGAGUAAACGGUCGCGGGAGCAUUUGAGUCUUUUGAAUGGUGGAAAACAAGGAGGCCUUUCGUGUCAUUAAGUUUUAGCAAUGUAGACAUGGAAGCGAUGCAAUACUUAUCGGAGUCUCCGGAUUCGACCAAUUCAUCAUCAAACGACCAGCCUGUGUCCAAUCGGAGCCUAAACAGAAGUCAGAGAAUCGCCGAAAUAGAGAAACGGAAAAAUGAGGCGGGGGACCCAUUUGUUGCGGCCGUGAAGUAUUUCUCUGACGUUGAGGCAGGCACUCCUGUGAUGGGCAAUGAUGUCUUUGAGGGGAACCUGGUGGUGGUGGAGAAGGUGGCAUAUGCUAAAGGACUUCCACCUGAUGCCAUCUCUGUGAUGCUAGAGUUUGCCAUGAGUCUUCGCAUGGGAACGAGUUUGUGUCCCCGAGUGCUUAAGUGUUUGAUUCCUGCUACAGUGGUGCCUCAGGAUGCCGUGGUCCGAGCUGUAGCUUGGCUGGGUGUCUCCAAAAUACCCAUUAGCACACAAGUUCUUUUCGUCAAGUGGGUCUUGACAGUGUUUGACAUGAUUGAUGCAAAGGAUCAACUGAGAGCCAUCUAUGGCUUCAUUUUCAGCUUUGUGACAGAGGAAAACCUGUGUCCCUUCAUCUGCCACCUGUUGUACCUUCUAACCACAAAGCAAAAUGUGCGAGUGUUUCGAGUACGAAAAUUACUGGAUUUACAAGCCAGACUGGGAAAACAACCCUUCCUUCUGCACCUGCUGUCCUUAUAUAAAGUGUUUUGCCCUGAACUGGUGACACUUUCUGUUCCGUCCAGAAUGAAGCGUGGCUUCAGGAAUCACAACUCGCCCUGGAAAUCGGCGCUAGCUUUUGUCCAGAAGAAGAACAGUGCGGCGAUCGCUCCCAGUGCCGGUGUGACCCUCACCAUGAAAGAUCAGAGCAACCUAAGGAAAAGGAAACAUUGCCAUUUGGAACUGCCAGUGCUGACUUGUGCUCUUAAUAAGGAGUCUCAGGCUGAAUUGUCCUCCAACCGAAAAUUGGUCCCUCUGGCGCACCUCCGUUCCUUUGCGGAGCUUUUGGAGAACAUGCACCGCAUAGAGCUGCCAGCUCAGAUGGGUUCUCUGCUGUCUACCAGUGUGGCUCUGCACUACCUGGACUGUGUGCAGGAGGAGUCGGGCCUCCUCCGCCUCAACUUCUGGCUUGGCUACGCACUCCGAGAAGAAUUUUUGUUUUGUCGAGAUGGAGGCGCAACACAGAAUUCCGACGAGGCUCUGCAGUUCUUGAACAGGCUGCUGUGUGCACACCAAUUUCUCCAGGAGGGAUUUUCUAGUUCUGAAGGGUUUCUUUACAAAUUCCUAACUGUCUGGGACGGAUGCCUCAUGCGACCGCAGAUCUUCGGCCUGCUGAGCAACAUUCCCAUGGUGCCGAGCUACAAAAUGGGACAGCUUCUGUUGGAGCCCCUCAAGCAGCUGUACUUCACGUCCUCACCAUUUUUCAAGUGCGGGCUGUUGGAAUGUCUAAACGUUAUGCUGCGGAAUUGGCUGACCUGGCACUCGGUGUACGCACUGGAGGAUGACGUGGACAUCAGCAUCAGCAGCCACACCUCCAUAUCGAUGACUCUGUCGGACUUUAAGGAUUCCGUGUUGCAGCUGGUGCAAUUCGUGGAUCAUCUGGCCACUGUGGGGCUGCAGCUGGAGAGCUGCCACUCGCUCCUACUCAACUUCAUCCUGGACUUUUAUGAGACGGUAUGCGACAUGUUUUUGAAGUACGGUCUUCCACUCGUCGUGCUACCAUCGGCCGGCGUUUUCUACCCUGCGCUACUCGCCACCGACCCCGUCAGUGUGGACCGCCUCGCCUACAUCAUGCACAGGUACAAAGUGAACCUGGCAUUUGCCAAAAGCCAGUCGAAAAUCACAGAGGCUUUUAGCAUCAGCCGUCAGACCUUCAGCGAUUUCAACCACUACGUAGUUGACAUGGUCAACUUCCUGUGGAAUGACAAGACAUUCCAGUCGGGCGUCAACGUGCAGGUGGACGAGGGGCUGCUGCAGAGGAGCAAAGUACCUGAGUGCUCCACCAGCUUCGACCUCGUCUAUCACCCGGCCUUCAUGAGCUAUGCCAUCGACUUCCACCACAAGUGUUGGCCUGAAAGAAAAGAACUGGAUCUCAACUCCAUAAAGCAUGCCAAGCGAUGGGGCUGGUACAUGGAGUAUCUGUUUUCGCAGGGCUACGAUGGCCUAGAACUAUUUAAGCGCACCAACAUCAACCGGUGAAAGGCGACAAAGAUGACAGCGGCACAGUGCAGCUGUAGCCAGAAGAAAAAGGACAUAAAAGGACUUUAUCACAUUCACUUCUUCAAGCUGGCGUCCGUGCAAGUUUCUUUUUAUGUAAAUAAAAAUUGUGUCAUUUGGCAAGUUUUAAUUAUACCAUGUGUCUAUUGACUGUGGUGGUUACUAGAAUUGUUUUUUUUUUGCAAUACAAAGCAGCUUUUCAGUGUACAGCAUCAUAUUUUGCCUCCUUUGCAUUCACCCUGUCUAUUAAGAAUAAGAAAUCCUGACUUUCCUUGUAAAUAAAACCAAGCUGGUGGAAAAUGAUAGACUGUAGGUAGAGCUGAUUGCACGUAGGUUUUUAAUUUGCUUAUGAAGGUUCUUGUCCUUUUUGUUGUUGCUUUAUUAUAAAUUAAAACAAGCAUGGGUUUCGCUA